UCGUCUCACUAGAGUGCACAGAACAGGACCAGGACAGCCAUGUGGAGUUGUAAACCUGGAUGCCACACGUGAACAUUGGAGCUUUGGAUUACAACUCUAUAACUUGGACAACCCGACGGAAAACAGCUGCUGGAGUUAUUCUUUUUCUUUUAUUCUCUGCUGGAGUUAUUGUUUUCUUUUUACAUAUUUUUUUCCACAAGGGAAAAGGAAGAAACUCACUGAACUCACUGAGUGAAAGGAACUAAGAGUUGGCAACUCUGAGAGAGUGUGUGUGACAGUGUGUAUGUAACAGAUGAAGCGUAUGCGUAUUUAUGUGUGAGCGCGUCAGAGAGAGCGUGUGUGAGAGAGAGUGAGUGAGUCAAAGAAAGGCUCUAAAAGGAGUGUGUGAGAGAUAGAGAAGAAGAGUGGAGAGGAGAAGAGUGUAAGAUAGAAGAGGAGAGGAGUGUGUGAGAGGUAGCCUCGUAGAGAAGAGAAGAGUGUGUGAGAGGUAAAGGAGAAGAGAAGAGUGCAAAAGAGAGGAGGAGAGUAGAAGAGAAGAGUGUAAGAAUGCCGGGUGUUGUGGUGGCCAGUAGGCGACCGCGACUGCUGCUGUCCUGGACGCUAGUCCCUGUGCUGCUGGUGCUGCUGCUGCUGCUGCUGAGCGGGACGGAGGGAAGGACACGACACCUCAGGAAGAGAGGACUCAACCAGAAGGAUUAUGAGUACGCGAGCCAGUCUCAGUCGACACAGUACCAGAAGAACGACCGGUGCCCGCCGCCGCCACAGUCGCUGCCCGAGCGGGCUUGUGAGGUGCCCGGGUGCCGCUCCGACUCCGAGUGCGAGCGCCACAAACGCUGCUGCUACAACGGCUGCAUAUACUCAUGUCUAGAGUCCGUACAGCCGCCACCAGUGCUAGACUGGCUGGUGCAGCCUAAGCCGCGCUGGCUGGGGGGAAACGGCUGGCUCCUGGACGGACCAGAGGAAGUGCUGCAGGCGGAGGCCUGCAGUACCACAGAGGAUGGAGAUGAGCCGCUGCACUGUCCCACGGGCUACGAGUGCCACAUCAUCAACCCUGGCAACCCGGCCGCCGGCAUCCCCAACCGCGGACAGUGCAUCAAGCAGAGAGGCAACUCAGAUGGACGCAGCCUAAGACACAGAUAUUUCAAAGAUUACAAGGACUACUUAGGGAGCAACCCCAACAAUGCGGUGGGCUACGAGAAACACCACCACAAGCACCUGGGCUAAGGGUCCUGCAUUCCUCUCCGACGACUUCAGGCGUCCUCUCUCUCAUCACAAACACACACACACACACACACAGCACGGGAAAACCUCGGUUACACAUACACACACACACAUUCCAUUUCUCUCUGGCUUUCCUGCCCGACUGUUCGUCUGGUCCGGUCCGGUCCAGUUCUGGUGCUGAGUGACCAUCUCUUCUCUCUCUGACCUCAAAUCAAAAGGACUCAACUCAGCUCAACUCAACUCAACACAACCAACAGCUCAACAUGUCCUACCUCUUGCAAUAACCAAAAUGAUAUGCAGAAACAAACAAACAUGUCACCAAGGACAACAGUUCUCAAUCAACAGUACAGGCCUACAGGCCAUGACUGAAAACCUCAGAAUGACCGUCAUGAGCGCACACACACAAACGCAUGUCCGCACGCAUGUCCGCACGCACACGGACACGCACACACACACACACACACACACACACACACACACACACACACACACACACACACACAGUGUAGGCAACCUCACCAGUAGAGGAGGCCAGAAAAGUUAAGAUCUAGGAGAUUUAAAGCGUUCCAAAACAACUUUUUCCUGAUCCCCAUAACCCCAGUUGCAGUAAAGCGGGAACAUGUGUGUCUUUCCACACAGCAACGAAAAAGCACAAGUACAACAUGGCCAGUCGGUGAAACGCACACACACUCCCACAGACAAACACACUCACACACACAUCCAAGAAGGCGCACAUGUACAGUGCACACUUGCAUGCAUCGUCACAAACACACAUACACAUACACACACACAGACCAACACACGCACACACACACAUCCAAGAAGGCUGCACACAUGUACAGUGCACACACACACGCAUGCACCGUCUCUCCCUCACACACACACAGACAAACACACGCACACACACACGCACGCACACACACACACACACACAAGAAGGCUGCACACAGUACAUACAGCUACACACUCUCAUAUACACACACGCACGCACAGGCACAGACACACACUGCCCAGAGCUAGUAUGUGUUGUGUGGGGGGGUCAGCAGGAAAUGAGGACCAUGUGGCAUUUCUCACUUCUUCUAAAGACCGCCAGGGUCACAGGAUAAGCCCCAAACACACACGCACGCGCGCGCGCACACACACACACACGCACAAACACACAGAUUUUGAGGACACAGGCCUCACACAACUUACAACCCACAGCUUAAGGUGGAGAGCCACAUAGACGCCUAAAGGUUUUCCUGUUCCACACGUGUCAACACACACACACACACACACACACACACACACACACACACACACACACACACACACACACACACACACACACACACACACACACACACACACACACACACACACACACAGUACAUGGACACACACACACACACACACACACACACGGGCUCAGUGUGCUGUCGCUGUAAGAGUAUUUAAACCUCACCCCCUGACACCUAUAACACCAUCACAGAAGCCUUUCAAAGCUCGGGGGUACUUGUCUUACGUUCCUCCCUCACACCAGCAGCACAAUAUACUAUACAGUACAUAACACCUCCAGAUUUGAGACUUUUGUCCUUUUUUUCUUCAAUUACACCCCUCCAGUGAUGGGCCACCUGGAUUCAGAAAUCAUAAUCCAGUAGCACCGUACAUUUCGAAUUACUGAUCGAACCUGUGGACAGGUAAAAUGGGAUCAUUUGGCCACUAGAUUGUGAUUUCUGAAUCAAGGUGGCUCAUCGCCGCACCCCUCAUAUUUCAAAUCAAUCAUCUUUCCUACUGUAUAUCAUCUUUCCUACUGUAUAUCAUCUUUCCUACUCUAUAUCAUGGUGCUAAACUCCAUUGCACAGGUCAGUGUCAAGGCUGACGUCAUGUCCAUAAGCUACAGUAUCUCAGUUCUCCAAGCUAAACCAAGGGGGUCUGUUCCAGUGGGCAAGUUUACAGUCUCUCACAAUAGGUAUGUUAAAGCAACACUUAGACUAAUAGCAGUGUCUUUACAAAGUUGAGUAAAUGUCAACAGUCUUCAAACAAAUGCAUUUGAGAUUUUCUUGCUUUGAAAUAGAAUGUGCAGUGAGAAUUUUGACACAUACUCACAUUUGUAAAAGCACUGCUAUUAUUUUGAGCACAACUGUAAAUUACACUAUAACCUUUCAACCAAACAACAGAGACAGCUCACUCUUGCACAGUGAGGCCCACAAAGAGUAGAAAAGCGUCUUUGGCUAUACCUUUCUCGGCCUGCUAUGAGUCAAUGAGCUUAAGAAAUUAUUUUGGAAGGGCUAUUCUAAGGCUGAAAAGAAAAACUUAUCCCUAAUGUUAGUGAUGUAGAAUGCUCUAGAUUUAUUUUUGCAAGAACGACGAAAGCCUUACUUUCAGAAAAGAAAGCAGUAAAUAAUUCAGCAGUAAAUAAUUACUAUUGUUUUUAACAAUUCAGACAGUGACUUGAAAUUCAUCCCAAGAGUUGGUCAAUGCCACUCCGGUAACAGCAAAUGUCUGCAAAUGCAUCUAGGCGUUACAGGCAGCAGCUGUUCUUUCCUUCUGGGUGCCCUAGGAAAAAUCUAGCCAUAGGGCCCUCUGUUUUUAUUUUUGAUGGCAUUUACUAUGAUGGGCUGACUGGUAGGGGCCCCAUACAAACAGGGCAGAUUCCACUGGGCUCAAGGUGAUUGCCUUGUCUGCCUAUUGCAGGGGUGGGGAACCUAUGUUUCGAGGGGCGUUUUAUCCGGCCCCCGAUAUAGUUUUAAUGCAAUGCAGCUUCACAUGUAAUAUGACAUAUGUUGUAAAGGAAGCUUAGAACAUACAUUUGCAAUACAAUUAAGUUAUAUUCAGGGGACCUAGAGAAGAUGGGUUCUGCUUUAAAGCUAGCUGCCUUCAAUAUAGGCCUUAAGUGCAGAAAGAAAUCCUGGUUUGUGUUUGUAAUGCGGCCCUCGGAUGAAUUUGAAGUGGCCCCUCGAAUGAAAAAGGUUCCCCAACCCCUGGCCUAUUGGUUAAACUGCCUCUGGUUACAGAAUGGUGUGCAUGGAGACUGGCCCUAUAAGACUUGGAUAUUGCCAUUGUCGUAAUAGGAAACAUAUAACAGAGGCCAUGUGUUCAUGCUUUAAUUUAUCUGGAUUGCACACUAAACCACCUACUUUGACACCCCCCCAAGGCCCAUUCUCUCUGGGAGACAAGACGACCCAUGCGAAGGAAACACAGCCUGGCUGUACACAACAACAAUAAUAAUACACACACAAUAAACAACCCACUGGUGCUACACCCCAUACUACUCACUCCAAAUACAUUUACCAGAAAAAAUGCUAAUCCAUGUGUGUCAAAUGUAAUGGAUAUUAAUUUGCAAAAUAAAAGUACUGAGUUUCUAUUGAA